CGGCGCACGCCUCCUCGGAUCUCCUCUUCCUCCCGUCACACCCACCGCUCGGUGUGGAGGGUUCACCCCGGAGAGGAGGGGAGGACCCACAGCGGCAGAGAGUGCUGCAGUGCGAGCGCAGCGGGAGACUCGCGAGCGGAGAGAAUAACACACACACACGCACACACACACACACACACACACACGAACACAACAGACUCACGCACACCAGCAAGCCCCUUAUUGUCGAAACUUGGUUCUAUGGAGAGAUCUGCAGCGACGCCGUAGCGACGCAGGCCGACAUGGAAGAGUAUUUGCGGAGGGUCCAGAGGAGGCUCGGGGCAGACACAUCAGAGGAUCCCGUCCAUGCUGUUUUGGGCGGACCAGAUCCAGAUGUGGACACUGUAGCUGCAACGCUGUGCUUAGCGCUGCACCUCGGCCAGAAGGACCUGUCAGGUGGAGUGUGUGUGCCGGUGCUGUGCGGUUGGAAGUGUGACGCUGCCUUGCCCGGCGAGACGCUCAGGUAUCUGCAGAGAGUAAAAAUCAGUGAGAGCUCACUGCUGUGGAGGGAGGACGUGGACCUCAUGACGCUUCACCGCAGCGGAAAACUGUCUCUGACGCUGCUGAGAGAAGGACUGCUGGAUGGCUCUGAGUAUCACACUCUGGAAUCCAGCAUCCUGCGUGUGGUCCAUCACGACGGGCAGCAGGACGCAGAGGAUGAUGGGGCAUCGUCCGCCGUGACAACAGUCGCCAGGGAGAUUCUUCAAGGAGCAGCGGAGCACGUCGGAGCAGCGCUAGGGGAGACACUCAGAGAAGCCUUGCUGCUGCAAAGUGAAGCUCUCCGGAUCAAACACGGCCGUCGGUCUUUACAAACGGAGGAGCUCAUGAGAUCUUUGGAGCGUCGGAGUGACGUCACUGCAGGUCGGCAUGCUGAGGCCUCGCUACAAGACUUGGAGCAGCAGCUGGCCGUGGAGCUGAAGGAGUUUUCUGAUGGAGAGAUGACCGUUGCACUCGCUUCAGUCACCACGGAGAAGGAGGACUGGCACAAUUAUGUGGACGUGCUGAAAUCCUUCAGUCAUCGUCAUGACUACGAUGGCUUGGUGGUUCUCCUGUCAGUCGAUGACACUCUUCAUCAUCCCCGCCAACAGAUGGCAGUCUACUCGAGCAACGCAGAUAUCCUAAACCAGAUCUGCUGUGAGUUGGAAGAGUGCUCCAGCUGGUCUCUUUCUGGUGAACUGGAGGCCAAGCAGAGUUUCCAAUUAUACCACAUUCCUAUAAACACCACCUUAUCAUCUGGUACUCCUCCUCUGCUGGUGGAAGAAAUACAGGGCCUCCUCAAAGACUUUGUGGACAGGCGGAGCUCUGUCUUAGCCUGCCAUCCCAGCAGCAGGACCUCUUCCACGGAGGGGGUGGCAGGCAGCGUGGAGUUCUCCCAGGGAUCAUCUGGGAUUAAUGACAUGGAUGGUUCUGACAUAGAGAGAGCUGAAGAAGGCAGCGGAGAUGUAGUGGCAAUAGCAAGGGUGAUCACAGAGGGAGAGGACACAGGAGGUGUAGGAGUUGGUGCAGGUGGGGAGCUCGUGAGCCCUGACAGUGGUAUGACCACCAUCCGGAGUAGUCGCUCUUCCAAGGAGAGCUCGGUUUUCCUUAGCGAUGACAGUCCAGUCGGUGAGGUCGCAGCAGCUGGACUGCCAGCAGCGGGACUCUUCAUGAGAAACCCCUCUCUGGGCUUGCCAUCCCUCUCCCCUCCUGUCCCACCUGAGAGGAGGAAGCACCGCUCUAGCAGAAACAAGAGUGACUUUGACCUGUUCAGUUUUGACCCGCUGAAUAACGGCAACCACCCUGUGCCUACAGGAGGAGAAUCGGCAAACUCUUGUGCCAAAGGAGACGAAAAAGAAAGCAGAGCAGGGAGCGACAGCUUGUCAGAACUCGAAGAGCUGAGCUUUCUGGAUUUUUCCGCUCCUAAUUCGUUUGGCCGAAAUUCUUCAAUUGACCACCAAGGUCAAGUAUACGGGAAUGACAUGAUGGACACUGUGGUCCCUCCUACUCCAGUCAACAGUGUUGUAGGUAGCCGCCCGCCCAGCAGUUGUGGGGUCAGGUUUUUCCCAGAAGAUGUAGUUGAAAGGAUAAACGGCCUGCAGCAGAAGGAUAGUGUGUCAUCGUCAUUGUCGGAGACCUGGGAUGAACUCGGCUUUGACUCACAUGGAGCAUUGUCAUCGAGCGAUAGCAACGCCUGGAUUAGGAACAAAGAACGUGAAAGCCCAGAGAAUAUCCUGGAGGAUGGGACUGAACUAGACAGUGGAGAGGAGAGCUUACAUUCUGAGAACGCCAACCAAAGAGGAAAGACCCUCGAACCCCAGCUGAGUCUGAUCACUGAGCAGACUGAAUCGUGCGACAACUGGAAUCCAGAGUCUGUACUUAAGGAUCAGUGGAAUCCUGUCACUUUGUCUUAUCUGCAGUUGACUCCACCGGAGGAGGAAGUGACUGGAAAAUGCAGAGCUGGUUUCAUUGCUGAGAAGGAACAAACAUCCCUGUUGCCAAGAAAAAAAGCUAUCUUAAACACUUUAACACCAGACACGUCUAAAGAAGAGGAUGAAGGGGUACAAGGGAAAAAAGGAAACAAACAAAUGGAACUCCUAGACUUUUGGACGUACUCAGCCCAGAAGGGAUUUCUCAAAUCAGAUAGCGGUACCACCGCAUCCUACCCCGAAUCUCUAGAUAUGUGGAAUAUGACAAUCCGAGAUGACAGUCUUUCACCUCUCACAACCCCGGACAACUUCUCGGAAAACUCUGGUUCUUUCUGCGGGAUGAACCCCAAUCUCGGACCUAGCACAUCCGUGGAAAGUCCAGUUGGAUUCUCUGAAGGUGGAAUGGCGAUGUGGAACACCACCAUACUGGAAGACAGCUCCUCCACAAUAACAAGCCCUGAAGGACCUGAAAAUGAAAAGGACCCUAGCCGCACAGGAUCGUUGGAUUCUCCUGAGUCACAUCUAAGCGUAAAGGCAGGAGAAGAAAAGUGGAAGACGAGGAGAGAUGUAUCAAUAAAGUGGUGAAGACUCUUGAAGAUGUUUGCCGUA